UGUUCUCCACCGACAGCCAAACCCGACGCAGUAGCACCUCGCGCCUCUUGUCGCCAUUUACUUGUACAUAUACGUAGAGUCUUGCGCCCGGCGGAGCCUUCGCUCGGGAAUGGCUGCAACCUGCCUCGACAAUGGCCCGGCCGUAUAGCAGCGAGAGCAGCUUCACCUACCCUGCGAGGCACUACCCGGACCGCUCGACCUCGGCAUCCGAGACCCUCAUCUACUUGGUUGCCCAAGCCGUCCGCGCGCUGGUCCGGUUCUGGCGCGAGCGCGGCCGCCGCCUGGCCUACGCCGCCCUGCGAUCCAUGGCCCACCGUCUGCGCCUGAACUUGACCUAUAACCGCCUGCUCAGCUUUCCGCACCUGCUCGUGGCCGCCUGGGUGGUCCUGCUGUUAUGGGGUGAGAGAUGGGUGUUCCACUCCAAGGUUGAGAGCUGCCACUGGAGGAACUGGGAGAACUGGCCUGCCGGCGCAGAGCCGCAUCGCGUUGCCCUCGUCGCCGAUCCCCAGCUCAUCGACCCGCACUCGUACCCGGGCCGCCCGUGGCCGCUCAACCCCUUGACGAUGCUGAUCACGGACAACUACAUGCGCCGAUCCUACAAUCAGCUGCAGUCGCAGCUCGACCCCGAUAGCAUCUUCUUCCUCGGCGACCUGUUUGACGGCGGCAGGGAGUGGAAGACGGCACACGGGGAGUUCAAGGACCCGGAAUGGGGCCCCCACCCGAAGAGCGAGCAGAAAUACCUGAAGAAGUGGCACAAGACGUACGGGGAGUUUUACUGGCUACAGGAGUACGCCAGAUUUGUGGACAUCUUCCUCAACCCGUGGUUGAAGGCCGGAGCCGCGCAGGGUGACCGGCCGAGGAGGAGGAGGAAGCUGAUCGCCAGCCUGCCGGGCAACCACGACUUGGGGUUCGGUGACAAGAUCAAAGUGUCCGUCAGGAACCGAUUCGAGACAUACUUUGGCGAAGGCAACCGCGUGGACGUGAUUGGCAACCACACGUUCGUCUCGGUCGAUACCGUCUCGCUGAGCGCCGCCUCGUCGGUUGAGGCCAAGCGGCACGACCUGAGGGAGAUCUAUGAGCCGGUCGAGCGGUUUCUGGACGGGUUGCAAAAAGAAAAACAAAAGGCAGUCGACAGGGAACUGCGCCUCCUCCGGGGAGAGGUGCCCAAAGGCCAGCUCAAGCACGAGAUCGAGGGCCUCGACAAGGCCAAAUCCCCCGGCAAAUCCACCACCUCCGCCACCCCCAAGGUCGCCACGCCGGAGCUUCCCACCAUCCUGCUCACCCACGUUCCCCUCUACCGACCACCCGGUACCCCAUGCGGGCCGCUGCGGGAGAGGUGGCCGCCGACGAAGCCGCCCAAGGGCCAGACCGACCCGGUCGUUCCAGACCACCGCAACGCCAUCUCCGUCUCGGCAGGCUACCAGUACCAGAACGUGCUGAACGAGAAGGACUCAGAGGAUCUCGUCCGCAGAGUCGGAAACGUUGUCCAUGCCUUCUCGGGCGACGACCACGACUACUGCGCCGUCACCCACUCGGCCGCCCAGGCCAACGUGCCCGAGAUCACCGUCAAGAGCAUCAGCAUGGCCAUGGGCGUCUCCAAGCCGGGCUUCCUGCUCGUCAGCCUGUACAACCCGAUCGACCCGGCCACCGGCGAGCCCCUGGCCCCGGCCUCGCCGCCUCAGUCUGACGGGGAAGGGGAAGGGGCAGCAGCAGGAGGGAAAACGGCCACGCUGCAGACCCACCUGUGCCUCCUGCCCAGCCAGAUAUCCACCUACCUCCACUACGUCACUUUUGCCGUCAUCUGCAUCGCCGCCCUCGCCGUGCGCGCCGUGCUCGUGCCCGUGCUGGGUCUGACGCCCUUUGCGCUCGACGAAUCCUCGCUCUCUUCACCAUCACCAUCACCAUCAUCAUCAUUCUCAUCAUCAUCAUCGGCGAGACGGAGAAAGAGCGCGCUGCUGCCUGUGUACAAGGCCAAGGUGGAGGACUACGACGAGUACGCGCUGCCGCGCGGCUUCUCGGGGUCCCACUUCCUAAACGGGGCCAACGGCGGCGGCGGCGGCGGCGGCGGUGGGAACGGAAACAACGUGGCCCGGGGCCGGUCGGGGAGCGGGUCGGCGUCAGUCCUACCCGGCGGACGUGGUCCCAGCCCCAACAAGAAGAGCCACGGCCACGGCCACGGCCACGGACAUGGUCAGGGCCACGGGAAGGGGUCGGCGGCGCGGAAGUGGGGGUGGGCCGGUGCGGGGAGGGCCCGGGCGGCGCCGAGGAUCGAGAUCCCCAGCGAGGGCGAGGAGGAGGAGGAGUACUACGGGGCCUAUGGCGGGGGCAAGUGGAAGGCGAGGCUGAAGAAGGGAGGGCGGUGGCAGCCCAGGUCGGUCGUCCCCGCCGUGGUGAGGGAGUUCUGGACGACGGCCUGGAGGGUCCUCUGGAUGGCUGCCGGCUUCUUUGGUUGGUUGGCUUGGAAAGGGUGAGAUCUCUCUCUCUCUCUCUCCCCCUCUCUCUCCAGUGAAGGAGGGUUUCCUUGUAGGAUGUCUCGGGUUGUCUCAUAGAGAGUGUUGGGUGUUAAUGGAGGGGGGAAUAUGUUUUUUGAGGAGUGUAAUGUAUGUACUAAGUCCGUACCGUGAUGCAUUGGAUAGUGAUCUGCAUUAGGGAUAGAGGUAUUGAAUCGGAUCCAGUUCCUUCUCUGUUGGAUAAUAAUAAUGAUUGUACCACUCUACCUCGUUUCCAAAUAAAUAUGUCCAGCUCAUUUUUUGUUAUCCUUCUUCGUGGCUGCCCGGCAAAUCCCUUCUUCUUGUCAUCUCUUGCCGUUAUUCCCAACAAUCUGUUCGUGAUGUCCUUCGAGGAUCAUUGAUCGGAAUCAGCUGGCGAUGAUGCGGUGAUGGGGCACGCGCUCGAGCGGCGGAAACGCUACCCGCCCGUUCGCGUUAAAGUGGAUGCAGGCAAACAGGCCAAUGACAUCCCAUAGGGCUGGGAUCUGCCGCGUCUCGGGGUCCGGGGCUCGCCAAUCACUACCUAUGUAGCG